GCUACAUCGAGAAUUCCGAGAGCGGAAUCAGUAGGGAGCGGAGCGUCGACGUCGACCGGCAGUGUAACUCCCAUGCAACACGCGAUCUUCGUCUGCCGUCAUAAAACGUUCGGUUUCGACGCAUACGAUAUUUAAUUUUUUUCACUCGCUUUACAUCGAGUUUAUUAGUCGGGCGUAAAUAAAAGUUAUGUUACGAACAAAAUAUAAAUGAGGAUAUUGUGUGCUAUUUCCGAAAGCAAUGAAUCUCGUACCGUUUUACACGUACGAGCUCGAUCGGCCGGACUCGAGAACUGAUUAAGCGCACGGCAACGUAUUUUAUCGCCAAAGAUUAUAUUCUUUAAAUUCUCGUGCGUGCAACAUACGUUCGGAAAAACAUUAAUUCAUUACUCGUCGAACAACUCGAUAGUCGCGAGUGGCAACGUGUCUUUCGUUGCAACUGCCACGAAGAGUAUUACGAGCUCGAAAGCUAGAAUUCUUAAACUCUGGAUACGCUAUUAUGCUAAUGACGCUGCCGCUACAACCGCUGCGACCAGGAUGCGCGAGGAAGAACUCGAGAUAUCACUCAAGGUGGUGAUAGUGGGCAACGGAGCGGUGGGUAAAUCCUCGAUGAUCCAAAGAUUCUGCAAGGGUACAUACACGCGAGAAUACAAGAAGACUAUAGGCGUGGAUUUUUUAGAACGCGAAAUCGAAGUCGACGGGGAGGAUGUGAGAUUGAUGCUAUGGGACACAGCGGGCCAAGAGGAAUUCGACGCUAUUACCGCGGCCUAUUAUCGGGGAGCUCACGCUUGUGUACUCGCUUACUCGGCGACCGACAGAGAUUCCUUCGAUGCUAUACCUUCCUGGAAGCUCAAGGUUGAGAACGAGUGUGGCGAGAUCCCAACGGUUCUCGUUCAAAACAAGAUUGACUUGGUGGACGAGUGCGUUAUCGAUCUUGAAGAGGCGGAGAGACUCGGGAGAGCGCUCGGUUGCAAGCUCUUACGUACCUCGGUUAAAGAAGACGUUGGCGUUGUCGGUGUGUUCAGGCAUUUGGCGUCCCGAUGUCUUAUAGAGAUGCGACGAUGCGAGGACGAUUUUCAAGACGACUUGAGAUGUUAUUCCUCGGGACCAAGGUCACCCUCGGUCAUCAGCGCUUUCAGUCCCAACGAAUCCAUGUGUGGACGCAACGCUGCCAACGGAACGAUAGUUCUCCGACCCGGUGGCAAACCGCGGAAUCACAAGAAAAAAAACUUCGUCAAAAGCGCAUGCAGGCUGUUGUAACAUAUUAUUUGGAAGCACCAUGAUAGAGGGAGGAGUUUAACGUAAGAACCAAAAAAGACGUGGUUACCCGCGGUAGAGAAAUGAUCGGAAAAACGUAUUGGUCUGAGAGUAUUAUAGCAUUUCGACAUUUGUGUUUGUGAAUGAGUGUAUGUAUAGCGUGCAAUAACUUUUCAAAGGAAGGCGACCAAUUCGCGCUGCUCCGUCCACGAAUCACUGCAGUUUGCAGUGUAGCGCCGUAAGGAUUUGUACAUAUGUUUGUUUUAUUUCAUUAUUACUUUUAUUAGCAUACACUUGUUUUCAAGGCAUUAUUACACGUAUUUAUCAAA